UCCCAUUUACAACAUUGUUUGUUCUUAUUGGGCUCCCGUAGCGCCUUACGGCUGCCAUAGUGACGAGCACAGCAGCAGACGCUUUCGCAAGGUGAAAGUUGUGUUUACUGGAUAAAAAGACAGCAGUCAUGUCUUUUAGAGAUCUGAGAAAUUUCACAGAGAUGAUGCGAGCACUCGGAUACCCUCGUCUCAUCUCCAUGGAGAACUUCAGAUCUCCAAACUUCCCUUUAGUAGCUGAAAUCCUCAUCUGGCUUGUUAAGAGAUAUGAACCUCAGAUGGAAAUCCCCAGUGAUGUUGACACAGAGUCUGACAGAGUGUUUUUCAUCAAAGCUGUGGCUCAAUUCAUGGCGACUAAAGCUCAUGUGAAGCUGAAUCUCAAGCGUCUGUAUCAGGCGGAUGGUUACGCCGUAAAAGAGAUGCUGAAAAUAACCAGCAUCCUCUACAAUGCCAUGAAAACCAAAGAGAACACCGACGGGGAACAGAACGCUGAUGAAAACAGCAAGUUCAAGUUUGAUCUGGGGUCAAAGAUAGCUGAUUUAAAGGUGGCACGUCAGCUGGGAUCUGAUAUUACAGCAAAGGGAGCAGCUCUGUUUGACCUGCUGGGGCACGAAGAGGACCUGAGAGAGAGCAGGACGGCAGCGAUAGCCCGACCGCUGGAGAUCACUGAGACAGAGAGAGCUCUGAGAGCGGCUGUCAAAGAUGUCACGGAAAGCAUCCAAAUGACAAAAGAUCUGCUCAAUAACGUAUCGUCAGAUGAGGCCAGCCUGGAGGCCAAAAUCGAGAAGAAGAAACAGGAUCUGGAGAGAAACCAGAAACGCUUACAAACUCUACAGAGCGUGCGUCCAGCGUUUAUGGAUGAAUACGAGAAGAUCGAGGAGGACUUGCAGAAGCAGUACCAGAUGUACGUGGAGAAAUUUCGUAACUUGAGCUUCCUGGAGCGGCAGCUAGAUGACCAUCACAGAGCCGAGCAGGAACGCUUCGAGGAAGCAGAGAUGGCAAUGAAAAUGAGACAAAACAAAUUAAAAGAGGAGGAGAAGAGGCUCAUGAGGAGUGGAGCAAGAGAUGAAGACUCUGAUGUGGACAUACCAGAGGAUGAAGGCUCUGACAGCGACAUCGAUGAGGGACCACACCACGCACGACGCACACGGAUAUCAGGUCGAGGUGGUGCUCGGUUCAUCGGCAGUAUGAGGGGUGAAGACAGUGAAGAGCCCAGAGUAAAGGAACGAGUCCAUCUAUCCGGCAGCGGCCGGAAGAAAAAGAGAAGAAAGGUGUCAGAGGAUAGUGAGAUCGACGUAGACAAUGAUGAUGAAGAUGAAGAUGAGGAGGAAGAGGAAAACGAGGAUCUGAACGAAGACAAUGACAGUCUGGAGGGCUCCUCUGCUAAACCCGGACGCUCAAACCGAUCGCUGCACCCACAAAUCCUUGAGGAGAGCGAUAAUGAUUUUUAACAUGCAACCAGCAUUCAUCAAAGGAACAGUUUACCCAGAAAUGUAAAUAUUCUGAGCAUUGCUAACCCGCGGGUCAUGCAAGAUGUAGAUGAGUUUGUUUCUCCAUUACAACAGAUUUGGAGAAAUGUAGCAUUAUAUCACAUCCUCACCAAUGGAUGCUUUGCAGUGAAUGGGUGCCGUCAGAAUGAAUGUAGCAUAUAAUGCUACAUUUCUCCAAAUCUGAUCUGAUGAAGAAACAAACUCAUCUGCAUCUUGGAUGGCCUGUGGAUGAGUCAAUUUUCAUCUAAGUUUAAAUUUUGGGUAAACUAUUCCUUUAAAUAAUCAUGCAUUUGCUUUCAAAAAAGGUUAACAGACUUCAAUUCUUAUGUAAAUAGCUGCAUCAAACUGAAUGUGACAAUUCACAUUAAAUGUUUUUUUAUUCAUGACAUGGAAAUAUCUGUAAAUAACAAAAUGCAAUUUCCAGUAUAUAUAUGAUUAUACCUUCUCAUCUGUAUUCAAGUGUAGACGCCUGUUUAAUUGGCGUUAAAAUUCUGAGUUAUUUGAAUUCAUCUGAAUAAGAGUUCAGCAAAAUUGUUGUAUGAUGUGUUUUAUUAAGGCAACAUCUUUGUCAGUUCUGUUUUAUAAAAUAAACAUUUAUUAUUACACAA